UUUAAAUUCGAAUCUUGGGCACAACAUCGAUACAUUUAAACGUCACCCAGGCUACUAGCACAUCCCCACAAAAAAAUAGUAGCGUAGUCCUAUUUAGCGAUAGACUGGGAUAUACUCAUUCAGGUGUUCUUUAAGAACAUCAUACGCGUUUCUUAAUUUUGUCCGUGGGAUUUCGAAAUCAUGACUAACGUCCAGCUUUCUACCAGCACCUUGGAGCGGUUGGUGGCAAGGAGGACCUUCCCUCUACACGCUCGUACGGGCGCUUGUCGGAGUCUCUUUGGACCGGUGGAUCACGACGAGCUGAACCGAGAGAUGAAAUCCAAACUUCGAGAAAUCUCCGAACGGGAUCAGCGAAGAUGGAACUUUAAUUUCGAGAGAGAUGAGCCACUACUUGGAGAUUAUGAGUGGGAAGGAAAGCCGUUAGAAACAUCACCUGCUUUCUAUCACGAAUCUGUGCAAAUUGGGCGAAGCCGAGUUGUUCUGCCGGGGAAUCCAUCCGUGGACUUGAGACCAUUGGACUGUACUGCUCAGGAUGCACCUGUGAAUUGCGAGGACCGUCUCGCCGGUUCCGAAGGCAGUGCUCCCUGUUCAAGCGAAGUGAACCAGGAGAACUGUGCGGAUACACUCAACUCAGGGAAAAUGUCUCGUAAAGUUACCCCCUGUGUCCGACGAAAAAGAUCUACUGCCAGUGAUCUUACCACAACGCACAUCACAGAUUUCUACAUGAAAAGGAGAAGAACGAUGGUUGCGAAGCCAGGUGAAAAUGUUUGCCAGCAGUCUUCAACCACACUCCCAAUUGAGCAAACUCCACGCAAGAGAAUUCGCUGAAGAUAUUUGCACUGCAAUUAUUGCGGACAGUGUCUUCUGCCGCUAGAUACAGAGACGGAGGCGGACAGCCUGAUCAUCCGUCGGCCCUGUGCGAGGAGAACAGAGGCGUUUUUGGAUCUCAGGACUGCCUGUCAAGCGAGAGAUGGAACUCGCUGAAGGACUUGCAUUCAGAUAUAUGUAGCAUAAUGGUUGCUUUGCAUACAGCCACUUGACAGUGUUAAAUUGUUUAACAACUGUGCAAUCCUAAAUUACUUUAAAAUUGUCUACACUGGCCAAAAGUGUACAGCUUUAAAAGACAAUAUAAAUGUUUUAUUUCUGUUAAUUAUAUCUUUUUGUAUAUAUAUUUUGAAAGACUAUUUUUAACUUAUAAUUUAUUUAUGUUUCAUUUUCUUUGCAUAAAGCCUUGUUCUACCAAAAGGGCGACGUUUUAUAUAGUUUUGUUUUGUUUUUUUAUUAUUAUUAUUAUUAUUAUUGUUGUUGUUGUUGUGUUUUGCAAUCAAUGUAGCUUUUUCAUAGCACACUUGACAGUUAGGGUCCAUCAUGUUUCUGAGCCGUUCUAUUUGUCACUGCCCUAAACGUUUGUUCCACAAAAGAAACAAAUAAAACUAUUUUCAUUUAAAAAUCGAAA